AUGAUUGGGAGGAAGAGAAAUUGGCACCUAUUGAACUUACAAGAGCCGGCUAAACUUAAAUGGGAAGAUGAAGAUGUGGAUGAAGAUGAAGUAAAGGAUUCUUGGGAGGAUGACGAUGAGCCCGCUCCUGCUACACGAGGCAAUAGUCCAUCUGCUUUCGACUUCAGAAAGUUUCGAUUUGCUCAUGAUCCUUAUGCUCCUGCUGACCGUGCGCGUGCUAUUGGUGUGAAGCUUGUGAGUUUUGAUGAUGCUAUUGCUACUGCUGAUUUUAUAUCUUUGCAUAUGCCGCUUACGCCUGCUACCUCGAAGAUGCUUAAUGAUGAGACCUUUGUUAAGAUGAAGAAAGGUGUUAGGAUUGUUAAUGUUACGCGUGGUGGGCUGGGAAGUUAG